UACUAGGAGAGAGAAUUGAGAGGAUCCUUUCUGAGUCUUCUAAAACGACGAGAGUUGCAGUUAAAGCAAAGAAAACGCGAAAGAGCAAAAUCACCAUCGUCUCUCCCAACAAAAUGAACAGAUCACUCUCUUCUUCUAAACAAUCCCAACUCCUCCUCCUCCGCCUUCUCGAACCCCAAACCUCUACAGUUCCUUCGUACUCCCUCCUCCGCCACCUCUGCACCGAACCCAACCCCCCACCACCGCCACCACCACAAGACGAAGACUCACUGAUAACCAAAGCAGUCCAACUCCUCCAAGCCCCAGAGAAUGAGAACUCCGGCUCCACCCAACUCCGCCAGCUCCUAUUUUCCUCUUCUUCUCCUUCCUCUCCUGGCCUUUUUCGCCAAAUCGCUCGCCGCUUGAACUCUUCCUCCCAAGCGCUCAAGUUCUUCGACUACAUUCAGUCGAAUGCACCUUCGCAAGAUUUACAUUCAUUGUCCUCGACCUUCCAGGCCAUUUUUGAGCUCGCUAGCCGCGAACCCAAUUCGCAGGAGAAACUGUUAGAGCUGUAUAGGACGUCCAAAGAGCGGAACGUCCCGCUUACCAUCAAUGGCGCAACACUUCUUGUUCGGUGCUUGGGAAGGGCCAGGAUGGUGGACGAGGUGCUUGGUGUGGCUAACGAACUAGACUCGUCUUUGAAAAAUACGCAUUUUUGCAAUGUGGUGAUUGAUGUGCUAUUCAGAUUGGGGUAUGCGGAUUAUGCGCAUAAUGUGGUUGACGAAAUGCUUCAACCAAAUGCGGAGUGUCCGCCCAAUGAUAUUACGGGUGAUAUUGUUUUUGCGGCGUUGUUGAGGAGGGAGUGGCCACGGAGGACUUUCAAUGACGAGGAGAUUGUUGGGUUGGUGUCGAAAUUUGGUGAAUGUGGUGUGUUUCUGGAUAGUCCUAAACUUACGCAGUUGAUUACUAAAUUGUGUAGGAAUAGAAACACAAACCGUGCUUGGGAUGUUUUACAUCAUGUGAUGAAAUCCGGUGGUGCAGUGGAAACUGCAUCUUGCAAUGCGCUUUUGACAGGGUUGGCAAGGGAUGAGGACUUUGAGAGGAUGAAUAAGCUUACUACGGAGAUGAUACAGAUGGAUAUACAACCCAAUGUGGUAACUUUUGGGAUUCUUAUUAAUCGUAUGUGCAAGUCUCGGAGGGUCGAUGAGGCAUUGGAGUUUCUGGAGAAAAUGAAAGGAGGGAGUGAGGGGGUGUCGGUUGAACCUGAUGUAAUCAUGUACAAUACUCUGAUUGAUGGACUUUGUAAAGUUGGGAGGCAAGAAGAAGGUUUGAGUUUGAUGGACCAGAUGAGAUUGAAUAAAUGUGUGCCAAAUACUGUUACCUAUAAUUGCUUGAUUGACGGGUUCUGCAAAGCUGGUGAAAUUGAGAGGGCACAUGAGCUAUUUGAUCAGAUGAACAAGGAAAGAGUGUUUCCCAAUUCGAUCACCCUUAAUACUUUAGUUGAUGGUAUGUGCAGACAUGGGAGGAUCAAUAGCGCAGUUGAGUUCUUCAAUGACAUGCAAAGUAAUGGUCUGAAAGGCAAUGCAGUCACAUAUACAACCGUGAUUAAAGCAUUUUGUAAUGUCAACAACAUUGAUAAAGCAAUGGAAUUUUUCAAUCAAAUGUUAAAAGUUGGAUGCACCCCAGAUGCAAUUGUUUAUUAUACCUUGAUUUCGGGUUUGAGCCUAGCUGGAAGGAUGGAUGAUGCCAGCUGUGUCGUAUCAAAGUUGAAAGAAGCUGGGUUCUGCCUUGACACUGUCUCCUACAAUAAUCUCGUCAGUGGGUUCUGCAAGAAGAAUAAGUUGGAUAGAGCUUAUGAGAUGCUCAAGGAAAUGGAGCAAGCUGGAGUUAAGCCUGAUAGCUUCACAUAUAACAUUUUGAUUUCAUAUUUGAGCAAAACUGGGAAUUUCAAAAUAGCCCAUACAGUGAUGAGAAAGAUGGUUAAGGAGGGUAUAGUACCCACUGUUGUCACUUAUGGAGCACUGAUACAUGCGUAUUGCUUAAACAACAAAAUUGACAAAGCCAUGAAAAUUUUCAGGGAUUUGAGUUCUGCGUCAGAAGUUGCUCCCAACACUGUAAUAUACAAUAUUCUAAUAGAUUCUCUCUGCAAGAAUAAUGACGUAGAGCUUGCUCUUUCUCUGAUGCACGAUAUGAAAUGUAAGGGGGUGAGGCCCAAUAUUACCACAUACAAUGCUAUGUUCAAAGGCCUUCGGGAUAAAAAUUUAUUAGAGAAAGCAUUUGAACUUAUGGACAGAAUGGUUGAACAGGCGUGUAAUCCUGAUUAUAUAACCAUGGAGGUGCUUACUGAAUGGCUUUCUGCAGUUGGUGAAACAGGAAAGUUGAAAAAUUUUGUUGAAGGAUAUGAGGUUUCUGCUUCUUCUGGAUAGUAGGAUGGCUUUAGCAGCUGGAGGAUGGGUUGUGUUAUUGUUGGCCAUACUCGGAAGGAAGAAUCUUCUGGCCUUAUUGUUGUGUUAUGGUUGGAACGUCUGUUGGGCUUCACACAGAACAUUGAUUGAAGAAACUCAGUUUCUCAUGGGGGUCUAUGUGAGCACAUCGUUGCUGCAGCAUCCAUGCAUGUCCAUUGUGGGUUCCAUCCUUUCAUGUUGGACUAACCGAACAAAGAGGUAGGUAUAUUCCAUUACGUGUUGCUAAUAAGUUAUAUGCAGUCGAGACAUCUUCCUGUUGGGAGUUACAUGACACUAUAAAGGGUGAAUUGUACAACACUUGAUGGUUGAUUAUAAGCUACUGUUGAAGCUUCAUUUUCUGACCUUUACCUAUGAAUAACUAAACAUGCUUGAUUUGGCAGCCAUUUCAU